AUGAUAAGUUAUCAUUAUAAAUAUGGAUUUUAUUUAUCGGAUAAAGAUGAGAAUACAGAAAGUUCAAUGAUCAAUACUGAACAACAACAUCAAUUAUCAGCGUAUAAAUCAUUUAAUCAAAGAAAAUAUAUUGUAAAAGAAUUAGUUAAAACACAGAUUGAUUUCACAUUAGAUAUGAAAACUGUUUUAUCUGCAUUCAAUUCUAUUACAAUGGAGAUUACUGAAUCAGAUCGAUAUGCAUUAUUGGGCAAUUUGGAACACUUAACAAGUAUCUCUGAUAAUAUUUCAAUGGAGUUACAAAAAGAAAUUGAUGCCUAUCCUGAGGAUCAAAUUAGUUCUGCUUGUGUCGCUAAAUGCAUGAAUUCGUCAAAAUCAUCUUUAAAUGAAGCUUUGAAGGCAUACAUUGUAAACUUUUCAGUAGAUGCUUCAACUAAGAGUCCAGAAAUCCAAAAAUAUGCAUUGAUAGGUUUGAAACAAUUGCAAAAUGAACGACCAAAUGUAUUGACUUUAAAUAAUGAACUGAUUAAACCAGUUCAACGAUUGGUUAAAUUGAAACAGUUAUUCGAAUUACUUAAAGAGGUAACACCUAUCAACCAUCCAGACUGUACUGCAACAAUGCAAAUGUUUGCUAAUUUCAAUGAACUAGCAUAUGAAGUGAAUGAAGUGAAACGAUGGAAAGAUUUAUGUGCUAAUGUAUCUGACGAACGACACAAAGUCUCUGUUAUUGACAUGGUUGACAAAAGUACUAGACGAAUACUAACGAAGAUAAUACGUAACACUAAUUCAGAUGUUAAUCGCAAAACUCAACAGAAGUUUAGUACAGAAAGAGAAACAAUAAAUGAAUUAGAGAAAUCAUGUACACUAUUACGUAAUGCUGUUGAUAAUCGAUAUAAAAAAAUGCAGGAAUCAAUAAUUACUCAAAGAAAUUUUAUCAUAGAAAUGAAAAAUAUAUUUCUGCAAAAUAAUACCUUGAAAAUUUAUUGUGAUAUACCAAUUGUAAAUAAUAAUUUAACAUAUGAAUUUCCUAUGGAGCUUAUAAAAAAUUAUGAAAUUGCCUUAGAUACACUAAUUGUUCAUCUACAUGAAACAUAUAUGAAAAAAUUAUCAUCCAGUGUUUUAUGUCGCCUAGACAAAUUGAAUCUGUUGUUAAACCAUUCAAAAGGUCUCCUAAAAAAAUAUGAUAAUACAGAAUUAGAUAUUCUAUUGUUAGAUGCUUCAAUAAAACACCAAAAUAAGAAAAAUUCGCAAGUUAAUGCUGCAAUUUAUGAACAAAAAGAAGAAAGUCAACGUACUCUAUCCACUCUACAAUCUGGUCUACAAACAUUCUUACCUCAAUUAAUAAAAUAUUCAAAGAGUAUUUUACAAACUGCAUGUCAAUAUUCAUAUAUAAUUCAAACAAAUAUUAUGCAAGAAUUUGGAAAUUUAAUUGAAAAGUUAAUCAAUGAGAAUGAACAAAACAAUACAACAGCACAACCUAUUCUGAAAGUAUCUUCUACAGAAAUAAUUCAACAGAUAGAUAAGAUGAAAUCCUUACUUCCUGAGCGUAAACAUCGUCAGACUCGAAAAUCAAAGGAUGAACUAAUAUUAGAAGAAAAGGCUAAUACAUUUCUUCAAGAAAUUGCUGCAUUAUCCAAGACCAACCGUAAUACAAAUUCAGAUACAAGUUUACAACCUAUAAAGAUGAGUUCAAAAGAAAGUGCAAAUGAAGACUGUUCGACGCCUUACUUAAAUACAAAAGUUAUACGAUGUGUAUCUGAUCAUGAACGAACUAAUUUAAAAAUAACUCAAGACUUUUCUUAA